AUAUGCACGUGACGUAUAUACUCGUGGAUGGGUGGCGGCGACCUGACACAUGCGUUCUUGUUCUCCGCUUUAUCACGUGCUUCGGUUCCGACUGGUUGAUUGAUUUUUUUCGAUUUUACUUCUAUCUGACCGUGCAUACAUCUAUAUGUAACCUCCCAUUUUCGAUAUAUAUACACACAUAUAUAUAUUAUUUAUAAUGAAUAUAUAUUAUAUAUAUAUUCUUGAAACGCUGGCUUGGUAUGUGUGCACCGCCGCCGCAUUAUUUCGAUGACCGCCCAUCAAAUCUCGAUGCCCCCGUGGACAAAAUCGGAAUUAAUGUCUGUGCGGUACACCCUGGUACAUGCACACACAUACACACACACACACACACACACACACAUUUGUCGUUCAUCGAAUUUAAAAAUGUGUAUAAUAUUGCGCGCCCGAAUACUCACCGUACAUUCGCGCGCACCAUACCACGCGUGGCAACCAACGCGCCGAAAUUCCCUCCUCGUUUGCACGACCAUGCGUGUAAACGAACUCGAAAAAAAAAAAAAAUAAAUAAAUAAACGACGGGCGCGGCGACAAGCCGACGAUUUACACUUUCGUUUUCCGUAAUUUACGCUUUCAUUUUUCUCGCGCUUUUUCACUCGUUCACCUCGCGUACCGGCGCGUUUAUCGGGACGACGAACGGCUGCGACUGCAAUUUAACCGACGACUCAUCAUGUUCCCUUCGUGGAGUGCUUAAUUAAAAAAAAAAUAAUAAUGAUGAUAACAAUAAUAACAAUAACGCAAAAUUAAAUGAAUGAGACACGCAUAAAAAAAAAUUUUGGAACUGAACGAUAAAACGAAUUCGAUCUCACUGUCGUACAUGUACCUGGAUGCUCCGAGGACACGCUCCACGCGUGUCUCCUUUGAUCUGGUGCCUUCUUCCACCGAAUUCAACCGACUGUGGUAAUGAACGACCACCAAAAAAAAAAAAAAAACUACCGAUACUUGAAAAAAAAAAAUACCGUACGAACACUGCCUCGUUUGCUGCAUGUGGAUCGCCUUAGCAGCCUUAGCCACUGUCGGGGCCCAAAUGGUCCCUCAAAACGCUCACUGUGUCGUCUACACAGACAGCUGCGGACAGUUACUGGACACCCUCCCGGUGUGCCAAGAUUUUAAUCGACAAGUGUGCAACCGUCCCGCCUGCAAGUUUAUUCAUCUCAGUGACGGAAACGUGGAGGUGAUUGAGAACCGCGUAACGGUGUGCAGGGACGCAGUGAAGGGCGCGUGCAUGCGACCUCAGUGUAAAUAUUACCACAUACCGAUCGCGUUGCCGCCGGCACCUCUGAUGGCGAUCGCAUCGUCCGCUUUCGCCAGCGGCUAACGCGCUGGGACCGCGCGGGGGAGAACGAGGAAGAAGACUCGAUAAACUUGCGCGAACACGCAUCUCCGUACACGUCGGGAUUGUGCAUCGAGGCAGCAUCGGUAGCGACGGCGGCGAACAAAGCAAGAGCUUGGGGAGGAGAUGGAGGCGCCGAGCCGAGGAACGUCGUCGUUUCUUGUGUCGUCGAUUCGAUUUAGCUUCAACAGCACGUCGAUAUUCCUCCGCGACAUUCCUCUCCGAUGUAUGUACAUGC